AUGGAGAUAACAACUGAUAAUGCUACAUCCAGCAAGAUAGAAGCCACCAAAAUCACAUCAGUUGAACCUGUUUCUGAUCUCAACAAAUAUACAGUGAUCACAAUUACAGGCAUGGAACCUCAGUUUCAUAGAGAUGCAGUGAAAGGUAAUAUCAAUGACUUUGAAUGGAAGGGUGAACAAAUUGAGUCCAUACUAACUCCAAAUAAAAACACCAUCCUUCAUAUACACUUCACAAAUUGUACUAACGGUGUGUCAAAGACAUUUGUGAAAAAGGUUUUAGAUGUGUGUCCUGCACUUCUUUUAAAGACCAACGUGAAGGGUGAUACCAUACUUCAUAUGGCAGCAAGGUAUGGACAUCAUAAAAUAGUGAAAAAUUUAAUUGAUUAUGCUAAAAAUCCCCAUAUCUAUGAAGCUGGAGCCGAGAAAAGACUUAUAAGAGCAAUAAAUGAUAAUAAUGACACGGCCUUGCACGAAGCAGCUCGCUAUGGUCACAACAAAUUGGUGAAUGUCUUGCUAAAGGAAGAACCGGAUCACUCAUAUUUUGGUAAAAAUGUUGAUGAUGAAACUCCACUUUAUAUUGCUGUUGAGAGACAACAUUGGAAGGUGGUAGAUGCAAUAUUGGCUGAUAGUGAUUCACCGCAAUAUAAUGGCCCCAAUGGCAGAACUGCUUUGCACGCCGCGGUCAUUCAUGGUGACGAAGAAUAUGUGCAGAAGUUGUUGGAAGGAGACUCAUCAGCAGCAAAACAAGCAGAUGAUAAUGGUUGGGUUCCACUUCACUUGGCAGCACUUUGUGCAGAGUCAGAUGUGGUAGAGGAGCUGGUAAGCAAAGAUAGAAGCAUGGCAUACAUGAGAGAUAACGAGGGAAGGACGGCUCUUCACUUUGCAGCACUUCUUAAAAAGGCAGAUGUGAUGGAAAAGAUAAUAGAAUAUUGUCCAGAUUGUUGUGAAUUGGUGGAUGAAAAGGGCUCAAAUGCUCUUCACUACAGUGUGAUGCUAGAAAGACAUUCUGUAUUUGGUCUAGAAAUACAGUCCGUAUCUGGACUAGAAGAUACGAUAGAAAAUACACCACUAAGGAACUUGUGCAAUGAGAAAGAUGAUGAUGGGAACACACCACUUCACCUCCUUGCCCGUCAAGCUUCCACGGAAAACGAUCAUCCUCUUCUGAAAGCAGACCUCCCAAACUUGGACAAACUAGCAUUCAAUAAAUACGGUCAAACUUCUUUUGAUGUCGCAUUUGAUGUUGUGCCUUCAGAUUCAGCUCUUGAGAACAAAAUGUUAAGAGAAUUGAGAGCUAGCGGAGCAAGGUUAGGAGGACGAGUUCUGGAUAGGCAUCUUAAAAAGAAGAAACAAGAGAAGAGAGUUGUUGGUGGUGAAAAGGAGAAACAAUAUAAGACUAAUGGUCAAGAUCGUUUGGCCGGAAUGGCAACCACCCUCUCUGUAGUGGCAACUUUAAUUGCAACAGUAACAUUUACAGCAGGAUUUACAUUGCCUGGGGGAUUGAUUCAAGAAGGAGAACAUCGGGGCUCUCCCAUUUUAAAGUAUAAUGCAGCUUUCAUGGUAUUUGUUCUUACAGAUUCUCUCUCAUUUGUUCUCUCUAUUUCUGUUGUUUUUUUCCUAUUUUUCUCAUCUGCUUUAGCAAAAGAAAAGGAGUUGUCUGAAGCCCUGCUGGAUAAAUGUAGAUAUUUAACCAUGGGGGCAAUGGUAUUCAUGAUCAUAGCGUUUGGGACAGGCAUAUAUGCUGUCAUGGGUGUUUCCAAAGGUUUUGGUAUUAUCACUCUCUUUAUUGUUUUUUCCGUUGUCGUCAUCAUUGUUAUAGUCUUUAGGAUAGCCUUUAGGGGACUAAGAGAAAGAUUUAUGCAAUGCCCUCAUGGUGUGCAGCUUUCUUGUGUUCGCAUAGAAACUGAUGUUCAGCUGUCCCAGAUUCUCUGA